AGCAACAAACAACACCAAAACAUCAAACACCCCAAAUUUCAUGUCUGUUUCCGUAAUUUAGAUAUAUAUAUAUAUAUACAACACACGCACACACACACUUCUUUGUUCCCAGAUCUUGUCAGUCUCUCACACACACAAUAUCUCUGUCACUACGUAUUUUUAUUUUUCUUGUUUUAAUUCAAAAAAAAAUUCUUUUGUUUUUUUUUAGAUCCUUCUGUUUUUUGUUUUUUAUUCAGCUGUCUUAUAUGUUUUGACUUUUAAUCAAAUUUUCCGAUCAUGGGCCAGUGUUACGGGAAAACAAUUCCGACCACCGAUAACGACGGUCCAACCACCAUCACCACCACCGUGACCACCCAACAACCACAUCCACAGUCGCCACUGCCAACAUCAAAUACUAGAAAAUCAACACCAGCCCGAUCUUCAAGCCCAUGGUCCAGCCCAUACCCACAUGGGAUAGCAGCUAGCCCAUUACCCACCGGAGUCUCACCAUCUCCGGCGAGAUCAUCCACCCCUGGCCGGAGAUUCUUCAAAAGACCCUUUCCGCCGCCGUCCCCAGCUAAGCAUAUCAAGGCUUCACUUGCUAGACGGUUCGGGCACCCGAAACAGCCCCGAGAAGGCCCGAUUCCGGAAGACGGAGCAGCCGCGAUUGAACCGCAAGAAUCUUUGCAAUCACUUGAUAAGAAUUUUGGAUAUAAUAAGAAUUUUGGGGCGAAAUAUGAAUUGGGUAAAGAAAUUGGGAGAGGGCAUUUUGGUCAUACUUGUCACGCCAAGGGUAAAAAAGGCGAACUUAGAGAUCAUGCCUUGGCUGUUAAAAUCAUUUCUAAACUCAAGAUGACCACUGCAAUUUCAAUUGAGGACGUGCGUAGAGAAGUUAAAAUAUUAAGAGCUCUUUCAGGUCAUAAACAUCUGAUCCACUUUUAUGACGCAUGUGAAGAUACAAACAAUGUCUACAUAGUUAUGGAAUUGUGUGAAGGUGGGGAAUUGCUUGAUCGGAUAUUGUCCAGAGGUGGACGAUACACAGAGGCAGAUGCGAAAUCAAUAAUUGUUCAGAUAUUAAGUGUUGUUGCUUUUUGCCACCUUCAAGGUGUUGUCCAUCGUGACCUAAAGCCUGAGAAUUUCCUUUUCAUGUCCAAAAGUGAAGAUGCCAAUAUGAAGCUUAUUGAUUUUGGCCUUUCAGAUUUCAUCAGGCCAGAAGAAAGGCUUAAUGAUAUAGUUGGAAGUGCAUAUUAUGUUGCACCAGAAGUUCUACAUAGAUCAUAUAGCCUGGAAGCUGAUAUAUGGAGUAUUGGUGUUAUCUCAUAUAUAUUAUUAUGUGGGAGCAGACCAUUCUGGGCAAGAACGGAAUCUGGGAUAUUUCGUGCAGUACUUAGAGCAGACCCAAAUUUUGAUGAUAUACCUUGGCCUUCUGUAUCACCAGAAGCCAAAGACUUUGUGAAAAGGCUCUUGAAUAAAGACUAUAGAAAGAGAAUGAGUGCAGCACAAGCUCUCACUCAUCCAUGGUUGUCUAGUGAAAGCCAUCCAAUUCCUUUAGAUAUAUUGAUCUAUAAAUUGGUAAAAUCGUAUCUGCAUGCUUCUCCGUUCAAACGUGCUGCACUCAAGGCACUUUCAAAAGCUCUGACAGAGAAUGAAUUGGUUUAUCUUAGAGCUCAAUUUAUGCUUUUGGAACCAAAUAAGGAUGGACGUGUAUCUCUUGACAAUUUUAGAAUGGCUCUCUUGCGUAAUGCUACAGAUGCAAUGAAGGAAUCUAGAGUGCCUGAUAUUUUAAAUGCGAUGGCGCCACUAUCUUACAGGAAAAUGGAUUUUGAAGAGUUCUGUGCAGCAGCCAUCAGCACAUAUCAAUUGGAAGCGCUGGAGACGUGGGAGCAAAUUGCAUCAACAGCAUUUGACUUCUUUGAACAGGAGGGUAACCGCAGUGUGUCUGUUGAGGAACUUGCUCGGGAACUGAACGUGGGACCUACUGCACAUUCGAUUCUGAAGGACUGGAUAAGAGGCGACGGUAAACUGAGUUUGCUUGGUUAUACGAAAUUUUUGCAUGGAGUCACCCUUCGCAGCUCCAACACAAGACAUUAAUUAACCAGUAUUAGAUCUAUUUUUAUCUUUAUAUAUUAAAGAAAAAUGAAAUGAAGUUAAUUCUUGGUUUUUUCUUUUAGCAUAUUUUGUGAUUGAUGGGGGGAAGGAACUUGUGUAGAAAUGAAUAUAGUAGAGACAAAAGCACAAGUGACAAGUUCAAAGGGGUUCUUUUUUCUUUUCUUUUUUUUUUUCCUUUCUUUUUAAUUUAGGCGUGAGAAGAGAUUUUUUGAUGAUGAUUUUUCUGCCUCCCUCCCUCCCAAAGACGGUUUGAAGUGGUAAACAAUCUUUUGACCA